AUGCUCCUACGAAUUCGAAAUCGUGUCCUCACGCUUAGCGCUUGGUGUGCGUUCGUUUUUCGUCACGGGUUGAGCACCCCGCAGAAGGGACGCGCGUACUUCGGCGAAAUGGCGGAGACGCCGGGCGGCAACCAGACGCCGGGCAAGGCGUCCAAGAAGCUCAAGGACUCCAAGUUCGGCGAGACGAUCGUCGAGGAGAACCAAGUGAGCGUGACCGUCAUGCUGACCGGCGUCGCCCUCGUCGAGAUGGGCUACGAGCUGCGGGACGCGCUCCAGGCCGGCAUGUACGAGAUGGCCGACGCGCAGGGGUGCAUCAACACGUACCUGCCGCAGCAUGUGACGCGGAACCGGAUUCUCGACUUUCAGGGUGAGACGUGGAAGGACAAGCGCGACAUGGAGCGGCCCAACAAGAACUAUGCGCGCGCUCCGGGCUGGUCGAACGUGCAGUACCAGAUCAGGGGGUACAUCGUCCACCCCAAAGACCUCGUCAAGGUCGUCAAGAAGAUCCCGGGCUUCUCCCACGAGGUCAACUACUUCCUCCGGCGCGAGACGGAGACCGGCACCUUCGAUGAGGCGACCACGCUCGGGGACAUCGACCACCUGGAGCCUGCGUUCUGCGAAGAAAGCCAGACUCGGUGCAUGUCGCUGCGCCGCCGCUCCUCCCUGCUGCUCCUGCUGCGCUUCUCGGCCUCCUCCGCCGAGGCAGACCUCGAGCUCGUCCGCGGCUGGCCCGAGCGGCCGCCUGGCUCUGCUGCCAAGCGGCUGACGCUGAUCCGGCACGCGGAGGCGCUGCACAACCGCGACGCCAGGCAGAUGCCAAACUACUUCACCGACGGUCUCGGCCACACCGCCGCGUACUGGGACUCGCCGCUCACGCCGGAGGGCGAGCAGCAGGCGCGGCUCCUGGCCGGCAAGCUGCAGUUCCGGCAGGAGGUCGGCUCGCCACAGCUGGUUGCGGUGUCGCCGAUGACCCGCACCCUGCAGACGGCCUCGCUAGCCUUCCCGGACAUCCCCGAGCCGGCGGCCGGUCGUGCUCCCCUCGUCCGCCCUCCCUUUGUCGCCACCUCGCUCGCCCGGGAGAGGAUCGGGAACCACAGCUGCGACGGGCGGCGCGAGCGCGUGGCGCUGGAGGGGGAGUUCCCGCAUGUCGACUUCAGCGAGGUGGCCGACGGCGCCGACGAGAUGUGGGAGCACAAGGAGGUAGAGCCGGACGGGAUGAACUCGACCGCGUGUGGUGCCCGCGCGGGGAGGCUGCUGGCGUGGCCGGAGCCCGAGAUCGCCGUCGUCUCCCACUGGGUCUUCCUCUCGCACUUGCUGCGGCCGCACGGGUUCGACGACGCGUUUGUGCAGAUGGGCAACGCUGAGAUGCGUUUCGUGACGCUGCAGGAGAGGGCCGCAAGGCCGAGCAGUAGAAGCAGCAGCGAUAGCAGCAGUGGUCCCAAGCAGGAGCUCUGA